AUGACCUUCUUCACAGGGCUGAUUGAAGGGGACAUAGUCAACGACGAACAAUUUAAAAUUCUUACAGGACGGAUAGCUAAUCCUAGAGGACGUCGAGACACGCUAUCUGAUCGGAAUUUUCACUGGGAAAAUGCUGUGGUUCCUUAUGAAAUAGCCAAUGAUAUGUGUAAGUAAUAGCAUUUCUUAAAUUAAACAGCGCGCGGUAUACAAAAUUAAAAUCAACUCCCAGAGAGGAUGCAAUCGUGGGUAAAAUAUGACAACUGGUUCUGAACUUUUCAGUAACAUUGGCUCUAGACACUAUAAAUCUUGCAUUAACGCUGAGAGAAAAGCCCUUGUAACUACAUAUGGAAUAUUUUCGUCUAUUAAUACACCUCCAUGAGAGGGGAAAUUGCGCUUAAUCCAGAGAAGUGGUCACCACUUCCUCCGGCGCCAGUGGCCAUGUAUUGAAACAAUUUGCUAUUUGGCAAAUCCCGAAUCUUUUAAAACUGAGACUAUCUGCAUACGCGAGUGUAAAAUGAAAAACCACUUUGUGGAUUUUUUACCCUUUUAUCUGCCUCGUCCCCAUGAGGCGCUAUAUAUAAUAAGAUUUCACAUACGAAUCUCUAUAUAAAAGCUUUACAUGAAGUAGUGCGUCAUUAUAGGCGCGCAAGGGAGGAUGGGAUAAACCCCUGCACAACCAGUGAACUCUAAUAAGACUUAUUUAAGCUAGGCGGGAUGAAGUGUUUAGUAUGGGAUUUUCAUUUUUCAUUGCAGUCGCUUUGCCCGAGCGGGCGGAGGGAACAUUACUCAACUUUCUCUGUAUUUAUCUAUCCUGUGCAUUUUUUGUCCGCCAUGCUCGCGGACACGCCAUGAAAGCUAGAACUACACACGUAAAAACGCACAAGUUGUUACAACAAGUUGUACUCGCACUGUUUGUUCCCAGUUUGUUGUAACAGGUUUGAAACAAGCUGUUAACAACUUGUAACAAGCUUGAUGGCAUUAUCAGCCUAAUGUUACAAGAUUGUGCCAACAAGUUUGUUACAGCCAUGAUAUAACAAGGAUGUUACAAGGUUGUCAACACAAGGUUGUAACAAUCUUGUUAUAUCAAGCAUGUCACAGACUUGUAACAAACUUGUGCGUUUUUACGUGUGUACAUUCAACUUUCUUGACGUGCCCGCGCGACUGAUUUUUCACGUGAUUAAAAUUGGUCGCUCCACCCGCGCGGGUAAAGCGACCGCAAUGGAAAAUUGCCUUUAGGCGGGAUCCUGGCAUCUGUUACCGAGAUUCCGUCUAGGCGGGAUAAGUGGCGGGUCAUAUAUAAACACUCUUUAGAAUUUUUAUUACGAGCGGGAUCUCGGUAAGCAUGUCCCACCUGGCCGGGAUCACAUAAACAGGCCCUCAGAGUUGCGAACUCUCAAGACUGACUUGAAAAAUACUACUUGUGAGUUUUAAUUAAAAAAGUUAAAAAAAAAAACAUGUCGUGGGUGAACAGUGGAUAACAUCACAGGGAUUCUACCGCCUUUGGAGCCUCUGACAUGCGAUAGCCAGUGGUGUUCCCUGGCAAAAUUGUUGCCCCCCCUGUGAAAAUCUGGGCUUAAGAUAAUUAUCCAUGACUGAAAACGCAGGAAAUAGCAUUUCCGAGGUUCAAAUUUUAAAAUUUUCUCGGGGGAGCAUGCCCCCGAACCCCCCCAAGGUUACAGGUCAUUCAUAUACUGUACCCUCCCCCAUUUUCGAGUACUCUACUCUAUACCUGCAUGUUUUAGGUUUUGGUGCAGUUAUACAUUCUUUGUAAAUAAACUUGCACGCUUUAGUGUGGGGAACAUCAAGACAUAACCAUAUAAAAUAAAGCACAGUGAAAAUUCCUUGGCCCCUCUUGGGAUUCAGUUCUCGGCCUCCUCUGACUGAAAACCCCUGCUACGUCUCCGAUGAUAGCUAUAUGAAAGCCUAAAGUUACUGUAAGCCGUUAUUAUGAGAGGCAAAAAAAUAUCCUGCGGCCAAAUAUAUUGGGAAAAAAUAUCUUGCGCUGCACUUUUACAGGAAAAAAAUAUCUGUCUCGUUCGCCUGGGCGGAAAAAAAAUUCUUGCACAGACUGAAUCUUCCCCCCCCCCCCCCCUCAAAAAUCAAAUGGUCCGCCCCGUGGAACGCACGAUAUACUAAAACCAUUUGGUCUUCAUUUUCUAGCAAUUAGAGGACGUAAGGUUAUCCGCCGAGCUUUCAGAGAGAUUGCUAAACGAUCGUGUGUAUCAUUCAUGCCAAGACAAGCCUACCACAAUGAUUAUAUUUCGUUUAUCAGUGGAAAAGGGUAAGCAUGUUAUGUUAAUAUAGUAUUGGAAGCAAAAUUUAUCUUGUUUAAACUAAUUAAUAUGUAUCAUGCAGGUAUUAAACCGUCAAACUGACGAUCAUAAACUACAAACCAUCAAAAUUACCAUCGACAAAUGGAAUUUUCUGAACAAAUUUUAUAUAUUCGACCCAAUUUCCCAAAUCCCUGUACCAAUACUCAAUAGUGGGAAUUUCAUGCUAGCACGUACUUACCAAGCCAAUUAAUUAAUCCACCUUGAGUGACCGUUUUGAGAAUUUGCCAGGCAGGCUUCAAAUGCUAGAAAGAACCUUUAUUAUCUCUAUCUAUUGCACCUUUAUUAUGUUAAAAACAAAAUCUGUAGUAUAUACGUUGACGACACAUGACAGUCAGAUCUUCCGUCGAUGAUUGUGAAUACGUUCACUUGUUAUUGAAAUCUAACUUGCCAAAGCAAUAAUGUGUUUCAUUGAUAUUUUUAAAACAACACACAAACAGAAAUAAACUUAUAUUAAACUAUGUUUCAGGGCCGUAGGAAGCUCUUUUCGAUUGGGGGGGCUGAAAGCGAGGGCCGAAGGCCCGAGGAAAUUUUUAAAUUUAAAGUCUCUAAAAUGCCAUUUCCUGGACUUUGGGGGAAGAUUUAACAGAAUUCUGAUAGUCAGAAAACAGCGUUUUAGUAUGUCGAAAUUUACAGGAAAGUAUGGGCCAGACUGUAGUAUUAUAAAUGCGCGGCGGUAAUUUUCGUCGUAAAUGGCAGUUGCGCGGAAAUGAAGGCAGAACAUUUGAGAAAAUUUCGAAAAUCUGGAGUCUCUAGAUGGUCUGAAAUGGCAUUUUCAGAGUUUUCUUUCGCAAGACCCAACACGCAAAAGACAAAAUAAAUCAUUAGUUUAUCAAAAAUGUGCAGAUUUUGUGGGAUUUUCUUGAAAAUGCGCGACAGAAAUUCAGCUAAAAUUUCUACGCGAGGAACGAUCUGGAGUAUGAGUAAUAUCUUCAUUCUUCGCAGUUUGUCACAGAUUAAAUGAUAAAGUUUGCAUGAUUUUGAAAAAAGAAUGAUUAUUAGCAAAUUAUUGGGGGGGGGGCUGCAGCCUCCCCAGCCCCCCCGGUUGCUACGGCCCUGUGUUUGAAUCACUAAAUAUAACUCAGUUUGAAUAAUAAUUAGCACGGAAUCAGUGUGAAACUAAUGGGUACGAACAAUUAACAAACAACUAUAGUGAGAGCCCGAUUUUCGUUCGUGUUUCCCAGAGCCUCAGCCAGCCUCCACAGAGGAUUGCAAGCUCAGGGUUCGAUGACUUCAGCUUAUUUGGAUGUAUAAUUUUACAGAUACCACUCAUGUUCUAUAUAUUGCCCAUUUACGGUUACAUUUGUUGGAAACAAUGGCCAACGAUGGGUGACUAGAGAUUAUUGAGAGUUAAACUGUUGGACACUAAAACAACUUGCUGCAUGCAUAUACUCUCUUUCUCUAUUUUCUUUCAUAUACUCUAUUUUCUUUCAUAUAGAUGCUAUUCGUCAAUCGGCCGCGUUGGAGGUCGUCAAGUUGUCUCAUUACAUGAUGAUUGUAAAUAUCGAGGGAAAGUAAUACAUGAGAUUCUUCAUGCUCUUGGUUUCUUUCAUGAACAUUCUCGCAGUGAUAGAAAUCAAUAUAUAAAAGUUAUAUGGAAAAAUAUCAAGAAAGGUAACAAUUGAAAUAUAUUUGAUUUAUCCUACACCCUUAAUGCGCAUGCAACUGUACAAAACCUAAUGCGGGAGUCCGUUAAACGUCGUUUGCCGAUUCUCGAUCGACUUAUUGUAUAAAUUGCUAAAUAAUUUUCGCGUAACAGUUAAUCGUUUCAUAUUUCGAAAUUUUAUUGUGUUGAUGAUUUGAAAGAAAACUAUUGAUGUCACGGGAACAAACGCCCUAACAUGAAAUUCAAUAUUUCUUUAGUCGUCUAAUAUAGUCGUGUCUAGCAUAAUCAAGUCUAGUGACUAGUGUCUAUAGUUUAUAGUCUAGUAUAUGAAUCGUACCCAGUCGCUCAUCCGGCGUUGAAUGAUGGGAAUCAUACAUCAGGUCUGCGAACAUUCCCAUAGCCUUUACGUCCUAUAUAUAGUUCUAACCUGCAAGCGCCUGCAUGUUUUGCACGACACAUGCAGGAUCUUAAUUUAAGGGGCUUCGGAAGAGUCAGGUCGAGUGUAUACUCAAAUGACCCAAAUUUGAAUUUUAAGAAACAACAGCUGCUGGGGUAUAUAGUUAGGUGUGCAUUAAAAUUACUCUGUGCCAACUUUUAUAAUAUGGGAUUUCGAGCCUUUAGUAAUUAUAUCAUGCAUGGCCCAGCUCAACUUGAUUCACCACUGGUGCCAGCAAAGUGCACUGCCUACUGGGGUAAAAGCUCCCCAUGCUCUGCGUGCAUAAUGGUUUGUCUGAAACAGCCAAUUGCAAAUUGCAAUCUACUUUAAACAAGUACCUUGACGCCAUCUCGCUCAGAAAUACAGUACAAAGCACGUGAACAAAUCCUGUUCGAAUUAUUCCGGGAAAACAUUGUGAAUUUCAUUUUACAGUACAACGUAAACAACCCUGCAUUCUCGUUGCUGGAGGACGUUUUAACUUAGAAACAAUGAAGUUCGCCCUCAGUAACGCCAACUUUCAUCCAAUAAACAUCAAGUUUGAAACAAUGAACAAAUGUUUAAUAUACGCACGUCUCACGGUCAAUUGCAUUUGACUGUAAAUUAUAUCCAAUAUAACACUGAUCUGUUCCUCGAGCAAAAUUACCGACCACAUCCAAUAACAUAUAUGUUCAUAAACACUGCUCUAAUUUCUUUACCCCAUCUACUUCAAGGAAUGCGAAGAAACUUUGUGAGUUACAGACAUGGUCCUAUUGACACAUUGGACGAGCCUUAUGAUUUCCUUUCCAUUAUGCACUACGACAAUAAAGCAUUCACAAAGAACGGAAGAGAUACACUACAGUCACUUACAAAUCCCAAAAUGAAACUAGGUCAAAUAAAAAGAUUAACAAAAACAGAUGUCAACCAAAUAAACAAGUUAUAUCACUGCAAUGGACACAAUGAGGGAAGAACAAUAGGUAUUAAACAAUAUAAGUUCUUUGUAGAUUUGCAUGGCGAUAAACAUAUACGGCUAUUGUUUGUGGAAACACCAAGUAAAAAUAAUAAAUUUACGUGGUAUUUUCACAAACAGUAGUAUUAUAUGUCAAUACAAUAGUAUUAUUUGUAUGUCUAUCGUGGUCUUUAGUAAUAAAUUUACGUGGUGUUUCCACAAACAAUAGUAUUAUAUGUAUAUAUAUAUAUAUAUAUGAAAAAGUGAAAGGGAAUUAAAGUGUAAAAUUUAUCGACUAAAAAGUGUAUUUUUCAACAACAUUUUGUAAAAAGGGACUGGCACUUAUACCUACAAAGCACGGCUUCAAUCCCCCCUGACUUAUCAUUCCAGUUUACCUAUAUUUCAAUGGUUGCGCCUCACUUGAAUGUCUCUAAUUGGACCCCCCAAUAAAGUGUAUUUUUCAACAAAAUUUUGUAAAAAGGGACUGGCACUUAUACCUACAAAGCACGGCUUCAAUCCCCACUGACUUAUCAUUCCAGUUUACCUAUAGUUCAAUGGUUGCGCCUCACUUGAAUGUCUCUAAUUGGACCCCCAAUAAAGUGUAUUUUUUUAUUUCUAGUUAAAUGUGCGGAUUUCAAGAACAAUUGUAAGUUGCGAACCUCAAAAACGAACGUCUGUGAAGUAAAAUACAAGUUGAUGAAAGAAAACUGUGCAAAAUCGUGUGCAUUCUGUGGGUAGAAGGUACAAAAAAGAUCAUUUUCUUAUUUCAUGGCCUACAUCCAUACCAAUUUUCGGAUUGGUCCUCUGUAAAUACAGUCACCGAUGACGUGGGCAAUCUAAUUUCAUAUUUCAUAACUAUAAUUCACGGAAAACGCGUAAUAUUAAAGGAACACUAUAUUAGCGAAUAAAUAAAAUAAUCUUAAUACGUACACGAGAAGAAUUUCAUGCACUGAGUGACUGCAAAAACUUGUCUCCCUUCUAUUUAAUUAAGCCACCUACAUAUUGACCUUAUUGUCAAGUUAUCAAUACUCGUAACCAUGGAGAGAUGAUGCAAAUUUGGGCUUGGUCAUGCACUUGAAAUGGCAUUAGCAUCCGCCAGAAUAAAUUCUCUAUUCUGUGUCUUUGGUGACAAUUCUUAGUUUUAUUUCGUGCACUCCCUCCACUAAUAUAACUCAUUGCCAGUGGUUAAGGUUGGUUUACACUAAAAAAAUUGUGUAAUCACGGCGACGUAAUCCAACGUACUUUAGCUGAAGCACUGUAUGCCGUACAAAUUGAUCAAAGCAUACUUUUGUGAAAGGACCUUCUGUUGUACUUAAAUGUGUUGAUGCACUGAUGCGAUUUCAGGGGCGUCGGAGCGGCUCUAAAAAGUGUGUGUGUGGGGGGGGGGCACACUUAACGCCCGCCGAAGGCGGUGACAUUGGGGGGGGGGCUCCGGGGAAAAAAUUUAAAACAAGAGUCUAUGAAAUGCAAUUUCCGGCACUUUAGAAGAAGAUUUACAGAGUUCCAAAGGUAACAAAAUGUCAUAAAAUAUCUCAAAUUGUUUUGUCUACACGCAUAACUGAAAUAAUUAUUAUUUAACAUUUAACAAUUAACUUUGUGGCUUAUUAUUGACCAUUGUUAAAACGUGUGUGUGUGGGGGGGGAACAAGAUUUAGGCCUUCCCAACUAAAAAACCGACCCCCCUGUGCGAUUUUAUCCCACUCUGAGUCUUUGAUAUUUGGAUGCACCGUGUCGAAAUUUGGAAGAGCCUAAAUUUUCAAGUUGACAAGAUUACACACAUGCAAUUUUAUAUCUGUUUGAUAUUUAGGUAAACGAAGCGAAAUCAAGCUUAAAACGUGACAGAUGAGACAAAGAGAGCAUUCGGGACUGCUGUUGUAUGGAAUAUAAAUGUGAGACAAACAACAGACUGAUAGUCUGACAAUAAGUUAACGCCAAUUAUAACCAUAUAAUUUAUCGAUCAUAUUGUAUGUAGUCGACUAUACACAAGAUGUACAUUUAUAGUAUGAAAUUUACCAUAGUAAUAAAUUUGAGAAGUACUCAAAAAUCUGAGAAAUUUGCUUUGAUUUGUAGAAUUAUAAUUGCUCUGUUAUUUGCUUUGAUUUAUAGAAAUAUAGAGGUCAUUCAGGCUGAUUUCAGAGGCGGUGCCAACAGUUUGUUGGUUUUUUUUGGGGGGCUGGGCGGCUAAAUUCUACAAAUUGUCCAACAUAUAAAACAUUUUCAG